GGUUGCAUUCUGUUCAGUAGCUCACUCUGGCAAGGAUGGUCAGUGUUUCAAAUUGCGGACGCAUGAGAAGAUUCUGUAAUUGAAAAGCAUUCUUCCUGCUGCUGGAAAAUGUUACAGAAGUGAUACCUACCAAAUUUCGAUGCAAACUAUCCAAACAGGAACAAAUGUAGGGGAAGCUUAGCCUUGCUUGUGGAUUGAAUGCAUUCGAGUGAUUAGCUUUCCAGCCCCCCUACAGGAGCAAAUACUAUUGGAGCACUGAAUUGGGACUUUGUAUGCUGAAUCCUGGCUUGAUCUCUAUACAAUUGUGUGUAUGUUGUUGGAACUGGCUGGCCAACCGGCCCUGAAACCAGCAGGUGCUAUCUAUAUGGAGAAAAGCGGCUGUAGCCCAUUUCCAAUAUGCUGGGCUAAAGAAUAUGACAGAUACCUAGCAUCUAGCAAAACCAUGGCAGCUGCUUACCUUGACCCAAACUUGAAUCACGCCCCAAGUUCAAGUACAAAGACACACCUCAGUACUGGGAUGGAGCGUUCUCCUGGGGCAAUGGAGCGAGUAUUAAAAGUCUUUCAUUAUUUUGAAAAUAGUAGUGAGCCAACCACAUGGGCUAGUAUUAUCAGGCAUGGAGAUGCCACUGAUGUCAGGGGCAUCAUUCAGAAGAUAGUGGACAGUCACAAAGUAAAGCAUGUGGCCUGUUAUGGAUUUCGACUCAGUCAUCUUCGUUCAGAGGAAGUUCACUGGCUACAUUUGGAUAUGGGUGUUUCCAAUGUGAGAGAAAAAUAUGAACUAGCCCACCCACCGGAGGAGUGGAAAUAUGAGUUGAGAAUUCGUUAUUUGCCAAAAGGAUUUCUGAACCAGUUUACAGAAGACAAGCCAACUUUGAAUUUCUUUUAUCAGCAGGUGAAAAACGACUAUAUGUUAGAAAUAGCUGAUCAAGUGGACCAGGAAAUUGCUUUGAAGUUGGGUUGCCUUGAAAUACGGAGAUCAUACUGGGAGAUGAGGGGCAAUGCCCUGGAGAAGAAAUCUAACUAUGAAGUAUUAGAAAAGGAUGUUGGUUUAAAGAGAUUUUUUCCUAAGAGUUUGCUGGAAUCUGUCAAGGCCAAAACCCUAAGAAAACUGAUACAACAAACAUUUCGUCAAUUUGCCAACCUGAAUAGAGAAGAAAGUAUUCUGAAAUUCUUUGAGAUUCUCUCUCCUGUGUACAGAUUUGAUAAAGAAUGCUUCAAAUGUGCUCUUGGGUCAAGUUGGAUCAUUUCUGUGGAGCUGGCAAUUGGCCCAGAAGAAGGCAUCAGUUACCUUACAGACAAGGGCUCCAAUCCUACACAUCUCGCAGACUUCAAUCAAGUUCAGACCAUUCAGUAUUCAAACAGUGAUGACAAAGACAGAAAAGGAAUGCUGCAGCUCAAAAUAGCAGGAGCACCUGAGCCUCUCACAGUGACAGCCCCAUCUUUAACCAUUGCAGAGAAUAUGGCUGACUUAAUAGAUGGAUAUUGCCGACUAGUUAAUGGAGCCACACAAUCUUUUAUCAUUAGACCCCAGAAAGAAGGUGAACGAGCCUUACCAUCCAUACCAAAGCUAGCCAACAAUGAGAAGCAAGGAUUAAGGACACAUACAGUCUCUGUAUCAGAAACAGAUGACUACGCUGAGAUUAUAGAUGAAGAAGAUACUUAUACAAUGCCCUCAACCAGGGAUUAUGAGAUACAAAGAGAAAGGAUAGAACUUGGACGCUGCAUUGGAGAAGGCCAGUUUGGAGAUGUACAUCAAGGAGUUUACAUGAGUCCAGAGAAUCCAGCAAUGGCAGUUGCAAUUAAAACAUGUAAAAACUGUACCUCAGACAGUGUGAGAGAAAAAUUCCUUCAAGAAGCCUUAACAAUGCGUCAGUUUGACCACCCACAUAUUGUGAAGUUGAUUGGAGUUAUAACAGAAAACCCUGUCUGGAUAAUCAUGGAGCUCUGCACACUAGGGGAGCUGAGAUCAUUUUUGCAAGUGAGAAAAUACAGCUUGGAUUUGGCAUCUUUGAUUCUAUAUGCUUACCAGCUUAGUACAGCCCUUGCCUACCUAGAAAGUAAAAGAUUUGUGCAUAGGGACAUUGCUGCUAGAAAUGUGCUGGUAUCUUCAACUGACUGUGUAAAAUUAGGAGACUUUGGUUUGUCUCGAUAUAUGGAAGAUAGUACUUACUACAAAGCUUCCAAAGGAAAAUUACCUAUUAAAUGGAUGGCUCCAGAGUCAAUCAACUUUAGACGUUUUACCUCAGCUAGUGAUGUAUGGAUGUUUGGUGUAUGCAUGUGGGAAAUUUUGAUGCAUGGUGUAAAGCCUUUCCAAGGAGUGAAGAACAAUGAUGUAAUUGGUCGAAUUGAAAAUGGUGAACGGUUACCAAUGCCUCCAAAUUGUCCUCCGACCCUCUACAGCCUUAUGACAAAAUGCUGGGCAUAUGAUCCCAGCAGACGACCCAGGUUUACUGAACUCAAAGCACAGCUCAGUACAAUACUGGAGGAGGAGAAGCUUCAGCAAGAAGAACGAAUGAGGAUGGAAUCCAGAAGGCAGGUCACAGUGUCCUGGGAUUCAGGAGGCUCAGACGAAGCUCCUCCCAAGCCCAGCCGACCUGGUUAUCCUAGCCCAAGAUCCAGUGAAGGCUUUUAUCCUAGUCCACAACAUAUGGUACAAGCCAAUCAUUAUCAGGAUUCUGCCACAUUGGACAUGAGGGGAUUAGGCCAAGUCCUCCCAGCACAUCUUAUGGAAGAGAGGUUGAUACGGCAGCAGCAGGAAAUGGAAGAAGAUCAGCGUUGGCUUGAGAAGGAAGAGAGAUUUUUGAAACCUGAUGUGAGGCUCUCUCGAGGCAGCAUUGACCGAGAAGAUGGAAGUCUUCAGGGUCAGACUGGUAACCAGCACAUAUAUCAACCUGUGGGUAAGCCAGAUCAUGCAGCUCCACCAAAGAAACCACCUCGCCCAGGAGCACCCAGCCAUCUGGGAAGCCUUGCCAGCCUCAACAGCCCCGUGGAUAGUUAUAAUGAAGGAGUAAAGCUGCAACCCCAGGAAAUCAGCCCCCCUCCUACUGCCAAUCUGGACCGCUCCAAUGACAAGGUCUAUGAGAAUGUAACCGGCCUGGUGAAAGCUGUCAUAGAAAUGUCCAGCAAGAUCCAGCCUGCCCCACCAGAGGAAUAUGUUCCUAUGGUAAAGGAGGUUGGCUUGGCCCUAAGAACGUUGCUAGCAACAGUGGAUGAGACCAUUCCUAUGCUCCCAGCAAGCACUCACAGAGAGAUUGAGAUGGCCCAAAAGCUGUUGAAUUCGGACUUGGGUGAGCUGAUCAACAAGAUGAAACUGGCACAACAAUACGUCAUGACCAGCCUCCAGCAGGAAUACAAAAAGCAAAUGCUAACUGCCGCUCAUGCACUGGCUGUAGAUGCCAAAAACUUACUAGAUGUCAUUGAUCAAGCAAGAUUGAAAAUGCUGGGGCAGGCCAGGCCACACUGAGCUUCUUGUCAAGGGAAGAUGUGUAAGAGUUGUCUCAGUCUCACUUUUUUGAGGAAGUCAUCCAGCCUUCCACCAGCAGUGAAGAUGAAUCCUGUGUAUUCCUUGGGUUGUCACCAACUCCUGAUCCAGCUGGUGGAAAACUGUUGCUCAUUUCAAGUUUAACCACAGAUUUUUGUUGUUUUUAUUUUUGUUUUUUUAAUCAUGACGUUCAAACGGUCUGGGAUCCAAAAAUAUGACACUUUGAGACUGAAGUUUGUACACAAGAAGCUCAUAAGACUUAUGAAGAACAGUUUCAUUUUUCAUACCGUUCUAGAGGAUGUGUGUGCCCAGUGGGGUCAAGGGAUUAAAAUUUUAAAGCUUGAACUGCACAAGCUGCAGAUUGAGGGGGAAAAAAAAAGUAUUGUCAGAUGGAGAAUUCUGGGAAACCCAAAGGGCUGAGAAUUCUUUUGCCUACAGUACAGAUAUUAUCCAGACUGGAAUUUUUUUUAAAUUGAAAUACUUUAAGUUACAAUAUGCUAAUCCCAAUUUACAGAGAAAGAAAAUCAAAGCUAUAUUUUGAAGACUUCAGUCAUUUCAGAACAAACUAAAGUUCUUUCCAUCUUUCCUGCCUUUUCCUUUCAUGUGGAUGUGUGAAACAUUUGGUUGGAAAGUAGCUAUAGAACACAAUUGAAAAAACUCUUCUCUUUUUUCACCAGAAUAAUGUGCCAGUUUUUUGUAGCAAUGUUAUUUUCCAUGAAAGCAGAAAUGCUGCUUUGUACCAGAGCACACUUAAAGUGCAUUUGGAAAAGAGGUUCUGUAACCAUCCCUGUUCCCCAUUUUUAUAUAAUUUAUAAAGAAAGAUUAAAGCCAUGUUGAAUAUUUUAAAAGCCGCUGUAGUUAACUAACCCAUCAUUGUGUGUCCUCCUUCUGGGGAGAGCACUCCCACAGAGGGGUCGUGUUUUCUUUUGUUUUCCAGUUAUGCCAUCCUUUCUGUUAAAUAAUGAAAAAAUACACUCCCUUUAGUUUGUUGGGGGAAAUAAAUUAUUCUCAGGAAGAAUAUAAUGACCUGUACAGUUACUUUGACCUAUUAAAAAGGUGUUACCAGUGAA